CAGCCAAUAACAGUCUAUUUCAGGCUGUCAACAGGAAACCAGGGAAGCGUCUUUGGUGAUGUUCCUAUUUGUAUAAGCUUCUCUUUUUGCAUCUUUAGCAGAAACAAUGCCCGCGUCACUGAGCUGACAGAAUCUGGAAAGGCAAAGGGCAGUAGGACAGUUUGAAGUAAUCAUGAGUGCGCCUACCGGAAAACAGCUUAUCCUUGAGGAGGACUUUGAUGAAAACUAUAUUCCAUCUGACCAAGAGAUCAGAGAGUAUGCAAAGGAGAUAGGCAUUGAUCUUGAGAAUGAGAAGGAACUCAUGUGGCUGGCCAGGGAGGGAAUUGUUGCCCCUCUUCCACCGGAGUGGAAUCCUUGCCAAGAUGUCACAGGAGACAUCUACUAUUUCAACUUCUCCUCUGGUGAGUCUACUUGGGAUCACCCCUGUGACGAGCACUACCGCCGCCUCGUCAUCCAAGAACGUGAACGCCUGCAGAGCGCUGCUGCUUCUGGGGCUACAGGGUCCAAAAAGAAGAAGAAGGAAAAAAAGGAUAAAAAGGAUAAAAAGAAGAAGGAUUCAGACAAAAGUGGAGGCCUGAGUUCAACAUUGGGGUCUUUGCCACCUCCACGAGGAAGCCUGGUUUCUCUCGGUGGUCUUGAUCCUCCUGUCCUCGGCCCAAUCUCUGGAUCUGCUUUCCCACGGCCUCUCGGGUCCGGGGGGUUGGAACCCCUCAAAACAUCUCCUCGGCCUCUUGGGGCACUCCGUAACAGUGGUGCUGCAAGUGUUUUAAGCUCCAAAAAGGAAGAAAAAGUUUAUCUUACCAUGCCUGGGUUUGAUGAUGAUGAUGAUGAUGAAAUCUUGGAAAAUGAGUCAAGUCAGCGGUCUUCAGACCGGCAACUGAUGAACCUCCACCUGAAUCUGGAUGACCUGAGAGGGGGCAUAAUAUAUGAGGACAGUGACGGUAGUGCAGCAGCACGAGUAGAGGAAAGGACUGAACCAGAAAUGCAGGACAUAUCUGGAGGCCAGAGUUCUGAACCACCAUCUCGACAGGACUCUUUGAGGGGCCGCCGCUUAUCCCCUCUGGCAGCUCGAAACCAUCUCAAUGAGACUGUGAUCGAAGGAGAGCCUUUUGAGGAGACUGAGGACAAAAAAAAGACCCAAAAUAAACAUGAGGAAGCAGAUGAGAAAAGUAGAGACAAUGAGGGGGGAGGUCAUGGCACUCCAGAAACUGAGCAUAAGCCAUCCAGUGAUUAUGAAAGUGAAAAGAAAGACAAAAGUGAUGGUGGAGGAAUAGAUUUUUUACUAGAUGAGGAAAAUUUGGACAAGGUCGGAGACAAAGAUGACAGACCCGAGACAGUCCAGCAUGAUGACAAGGAGACAAUAGAAUGUGCAGAACUAAUGGACAAAGAUGUGCAGGAGAAAGAGAAAGGCAAUAAUAUUGUUGAAGACUCCCAAAGAAAUGACACAGAUGUGAAGGAAACUGAUUAUGAGGGAGUCGUGCAUAAGAGUACCACCGAUAAUGAUGGUGGACAUGAUGGAAUAGAGGAAGAGGAUGGUGAAAGUCAUGGUGAUUUGGAGCGAUGCUCCCUGAGUCAGAGAAAAUUGACAGAUGAUGAUGAGGAGGUUUUGGAGAGUUGUGUAGCCAGUGAUCAUGGAGAAACGCAGGGGGAGAGAAAAGAGUUGAAAGAUGAAUUAGACGCCCAAAAAACUCAAUCAGCAUAUCUGAAUGAAGAAGAGGAGGCCAUUGAGAUGUUUGAGAUGGCAACAAUUCAAUCUGCGCAGCGCGGCAAGGAAACAAGACUUGACGUCCUUACAGUGUCUCACCAAAAGAGGAAACCUGGCAAGAUGGAGAGCGUGAAUAAUAUAUCCCUCCUUCCUGCAGAGCAUUCUGAUUCCAGCGAUGUCAUUAAGCAGGGUUCAUCCUCCAUAAAUGUGAAGAUGUCUGAAAAGGUUUUGGACUUUUCUGAUCUGUCUGGCUCUGUGAGUCCAUUGGAGGAUAAUGAUGAUGAAGAAGUAAAAAAUGAUGAGAUGGAUAAGUACAUAAAGGGUGAGACUGCCAAGAGGCGUUUGCAGCUUGCAGUCAAAGACAAAGCUGCAUCUCCAAAAGUAGAAAGACUCGUGCUCCACCAAUCAAGUGUUGGGAGCCAACAAACAGCAACUGGUCUCAGCUCAGGUGUGAAUCUACCCAGGCCUGAAACAUCUAGAGGUCGACUCUCCAGAACUUCCAAUGCCCAAAUCAAUGAAGGAGAAACUGCCUCACAGAAUUAUGUGAGCCCAUUGGAGAAAGAAAACUUUGGAAUCUGGAAAAAUGAGAAGAAAGAAGACCGGGAGGAAGGAAAUGAGUGGAGGAAUACUGAAAAGGAAAAGAGUCUAAACGAGAGGAGCAGCGAGCUUGACAGGAAGCGUGGCAAUGUCAUUUCGGGAGUGGAGAACCGCAAUGGGCAAAUAAUGGGGGAGAAGAAAAGUAGAUCGUUUAAUCUUCAGGAGACAAUGAGCAGAGAGGAAGAAGAGGAGAAGGAACGUUUGAAAAGAGAGAAGGAGAUGAGAAUCUCUCUCUUCAUGGAGGAAAUAGAGAGAGAGGAGGAGGCAGAGAAGGUCCAAUUAAUGCAGAAGAAGGAACAAAGAAAUUAUCUCCUCCAAGAGGAGCUGAGAAGUAAAGAACAGGAGGAGAUAAAGCUAACAGAAGAGAGUGAAGAAAAACUCAGGACUCUAAAACAGCAUCUUCUGUCCAAGAGACAAGAAGAGGAGGUAAGGUUGAACAUGGAGUCUGACCGGAUCCUGGAGGCACUAAAAGAAUCUGCUUUGAAGGAGAGAGAGAGGCAGCUUCACGAGCUCAGGGAGGAGAGUGAAGCUAUGCUGAAAGACUUGCGUAUCACACUUGAAGAAGAAAAGGCAGCAGAACGUGACAAGUUGGAGGCUCAGAAUAACUUGGAGAUUGAGCGUCUGAAGGCGGAGUCAGACGGGAAGCUGCGAGCAGAAAAAAAGAAACUCCAAGAAGAGAAACUAAGCUCUUUUAAACGGGAGGUUAUUGGUACAGAGAGCAGGAGGGAGCUGAUUGGUCCACGUCCUGAAGAGCAGCUUGCAAAGUACCACAGAGAGCUGUCUGAUUUGCUAGUGGAAGUGCGGGAAGAAGUGCAGCGUGACCAUGAAAAGAAACUGGAAGCGCUGAGGGAGGAGCACAAGAAAGAGCUGAACAACAUCAGAGAGAAACAACUGGAGGAGGAAAGUGCCCAGAGGGAUCGCUUGCUUUCUACUCUGCAGAUUGACAGAGAGCAUCUUCAGGCCUCACAUGCUCAUGAGCUGGAAAGACUCCACAAGCAACUUGACAGUGAAAUAGAAAAGGCACAGCUGACACAUUCACACAGGGAGUCAGAACUACAGGAUCUGAUCAGUCAGUUGGACCUGAGAGCAAAAAAGCUGAAGAGAGAGGAAGAAAUUCUUCACAGCAAGACUGAAGAUGUUAACAGGAAGAGGAAGGUGCUUGGUGAAGAGGAGGAGGAUCUUGACAAACGGAUAGGGGUCUUACACCAAGUGACCAUGGAGAGAGAUCAGCUGAAGCUGGCGCUAGGGAGAAUGAAGGAGGAGCAAGCUCAAGCUCGAGAACUCCUCCGCGUGGUGCGGGAGGAGAAGAAUGAGGCCCGGCGGGAGGAGGAGAGGUCAAAGGAGGAGAGAGACAAAGUCAGGGAGGAAAGCAGGAGGGUGAAGGAGGACAAAGAGCAACUGGAGUGUAAAGUGGCUCUGCUGGAAGAACGAUGCGACCGGCUCAGUCGCAGAGUCAGUGAGUUGGAAUUAGGUGAAGGAGGAAAUUCCUCCAGACAAAAGGACAAAAAUAAGGUGACGUCGCCCUCCUGUGGCCAACGAGACUCAUCACUAAAUGUGGAUGAUCUGGACGAACAGCUUCCUUCCUCAGUACAUGACAGUAAAAACACCAUCCUGGAAUUUGGCGGAUUCAACUCCUCACAUUGUGCAUCCAUUGACAAGACCAAAAUCUUCCUGGAGAAGGAGAGCAGCCGACUAUUGCAGAGACAGAAUCUGCAUGUCGCUCACAGCAACUCCACUCAGCAAUCUAACAUGGAAGGAAAGGAGGCUGGAAGUUUCUCUGAGCUCCAGCAGACGGUUAAGAAUGGAAAUGCUCUCAAUCGUAGGAAAGAACAACUGAAGCAGCUUGAUACUUCCAUUGCUGACGAGUCAUUCCUUCAAGAUGCAUUCCUCUUGGCUGGAGAGAGGAAGGUCACAUUUGAUGUGACAGAUUCGGACCUCAGCAGCACUGUUGACCCACCCGAUGAGACAGGAUGUGGCUUGACAUUCUUGGCCAAAGUGCAAGAGUCCCAACAUCAGAUCUCAGGCCAGCUCAACACUGUUUUAGGUGCUCUGGGCUCAUUAGCCCAGAAGCAGAGCAAUGCAUCUCUCCCAGCCUUCCCUGCAGCCCUGUCUCAUUCCACUCCCACCACAAGAUCUUCAACCACUCCAGGCCCAACCCCUUUUGGCCAACCUAACCCACUUUGGCUGUCGUCAACCCAAAGCGGCCCCGGACCGACAGUCUACCCGGAUAGCUGCAUCAAAAGUGGACUGAGAACUGCUGAGGAUCUCACACUCCGCAGAUGGAGAGAGAUAUUUCCCGAAGCAGCAGCACUCAACACCAGCACCCUGAAGACAUCCACAUCACCCGUAUCCUAUACUCCUGCUAGCCUGCACGUUCAAAAGUCAGUGAAAGUGGAUGGCCGUAAACUGCAGAACCUGAUUGAAAGCAACAAGAGAUGGCUGGAAAUGCGAAAGAAAGACAACAGCAUACCUCUCUUCACCCGCUAUCAGGCUUCAUCCUCCCAGAGCAAUCUCGUCCAGCUUGGCCUGGAUGACAAGGAUCGGAUCAGAGUCUACCACUACUGAUGACACAACACACUGUGGAGUCCUGCUGGGCUCUGUUCCCUGAAGAAUUUGGAGAACAAAUGUCCGGAUUUGUUUACUCUGUGAAGUUUAGCUAUUGGUGCUAUAGGGAGGAGACGGCCCACAUUGAGGUCUCACGAGCCGAUGUCCCAUUCUCAACUACAGUAGACUGGAUUUUGCUCAGGUGAUGUCCAUGACAAGGCGCACAUUUAUUUAUUGUUAUUCAAGUAGGGAUGACCUUGUACAGUAGCUACUGUUGUGUCUGUCCCAUUAUUCAGUUCGGUUUACAUUGGAGGCCAAAACCCCUGUGCUGGACACAGGAUUUAGUAUUUGCAGAGAUGUCCUUUAAUUUUUCUAGUAAAAAUCACACAUAAUGUGAUAGAAAAGUGAUCUAAGAGGGACCCGAAGGUCCUGUUUUAUCAACUCCACUGUCAAAAUGAGUAAGCCCUAAUUUCUAUCAUCUGUAACGCACUACACUCUGUUUUCCGUGUUUUUUAAUUGUUCUUGAUGUUUGAUCGUAUUUCUGUCUUUGCUAAUGGUUUUGUGAGACUUUUAUACGUCAGUUUUAUCUACUUGUCUCUAAAUCCCAAGUGAGUGUUAAGAUGCAGACAAUUCAGCUUAUCAGUAGUUAUGAGCUUUGUGCAUUUAUAUUUUUGUAUUAAAUGUUUCAAUAAGUUGUUUUUCUA